AUGGACCUGUUUGCCACCUACGAGCUGGACUUUGAGCUUGCAAUCACCGAGGCCAAGACCAAGCUUUCCCAGCUUGCCAAUGCCGACGCCCAGGCCCGCAAAACGUUGCUCAAAGGCAUCGAGCUGGCGUGUGACGAGGCCCACGAAGUGCUAGACCAGAUGGGGAUCGAGAUCCAGAACUUGCCGACGCUGCAGCGGCUGACGUAUAACACUAAACUCCGUCAGUACCGCAAGGACGUCGAGGACACUAAGCUGAAAUUGGACCACGAGGUGAGCACCCAGGACCGCCAUGAGCUCUUUGGCUCGCGCUACCGCGACCUGGAGGACGACGCUACCGACGACCAGAGACGCCAGCUUUUACAGAAUAACCUGAGUCUCGAACGGCUGAGCCAGAGAUUACAGGACUCGCAGCGAAUUGCCCUUGAGACCGAGCGCAUCGGCCUGGGCAUCCUCAAUGACUUAACCUACCAGCGUGACCAGAUUCUGGGGGCCCGCAACACGUUGUCGCAGGCGGAGCUGUACGUCGACCGGCUGGUGAGCACAUUGAAAAGCAUGGGCCGCCGCCUCGUGGCGAACAAAUUUAUCAGUUAUGCGAUCAUCGCGGUGUUGAUCUUAUUGAUUUUCUUGGUGUUGGCGAGUAAGUUCUGGUAA